UCCACAUAUUUCAUGGUUCCAAUUAACACAAAGAUGUCAUCACUCAGACUGCAGUUGUUAGUGACUUUAAUCGCAUUUUCAGGAUGUGCGCUUGCAGUUCAGGUAACAGUGAAGGACAGCCAUGUGAAUGGAACAGAAGGAGGGAGUGCAACCUUGCUGUGUACAUACAAAACUACGGACGGUGACUCAACUGACCUGAACAUCCAAUGGACUUUCAUAUCAAGCCACUCCAAUUCACACAAGCAGAUCUAUUAUUCUGGGGGCAACAUCACAUUCAUAAAUUCUGAAUUCAAGGGCAGAUUAUUGGCAGGACAUAAACCAGGAAAUGCAUCCAUCACCAUUGAAAAAACUGCGUCCUUCUGA